AAAACUACCUAUAUCCACUAGUAGCCAAUCCAAUAUCAUGGCUACAAUUCUCUCUCCAUCAGCCCGCUUCUCUUCUUCCACCGCCACCCAAAGACCGCCGCAAAACCUGCCGCCAUUAAAAUCUCAACACCCAAUCUCAUCCCAAAAACCCCUCCUAGCCACCCUCACUGCUACCAUUGCAGCCACAACAAUAUUAACUGCCACUGCUCCUCCCCCUUCCCUCGCAGACCCAGCACAGGCCUACCGUCUCUACUACGGCACUGCAGCCAGCGCGGCUAACUACGGCGGUUACGGUGGAAACUCUGAUAAGAAAGCCUCAGCUGAGUACGUAUAUGAUGUUCCUGAAGGAUGGAAAGAGCGACUAGUGUCCAAAGUUGAGAAGGGUACAAAUGGAACCGAUAGUGAGUUCUACAAUCCUAAAAAGAGGACUGAGAAAGAGUACUUAACAUUUCUUGCAGGAUUCAGACAGCUAGCUCCAAAAGAUGUUGUGUUAAACAACUUGGCCCUGUCUGAUGUGGACUUGCAGGACUUGAUAUCUGGAGCAGAUAGUGUGAAAAGUGAAGAGAAGAAUGAUGACAAUGGGCAAUUGUAUUAUGUGUACGAGAUUGAUGGUGUUGGGAAACACAGCUUGAUUAAGGUUACUUGUGCUAAGAACAAGUUGUAUGCUCAUUUUGUUAAUGCACCAACUCCUGAGUGGAAUAAGGAUGAAGAGACCUUGAGGCAUCUUCAUGAGUCGUUUAAGACUGUUGGGUCCUUUUAAGGAGUGCUCUUUUUUAUUUUAUUUUUUUUGUUAAUAUGAGUUGAGGUUCUGCUUAACUGCUUGUCUUUAAUGCACUUGAUAUUCAUAUAUAUACAUAGAGAGAGAGAGAGAGAAGAGAGGAAGAUUUUCUGCACUAAUUAAAGCUUCUGUUUAGCCUUUUCUUU